CGUCCACUUUGUUGAUGGUGUCUGAAAUGUGCUGCUUGUCUUAAAAUGUGACAUUACUUCUUACUCACCGGGGAUUUUCAUUGAUAACAAACCAACAUAAAGCAAUAACAUGUGGAUACUGACAUCAUUGCAGCCUGGAGGUGAGAUCCACUAUCUCUCCUCCGGUAAGGACUACACGGUGGGGCGCAAGAACUGUGAGAUCAUCCUGCCCAACGAUCAGUCCAUCAGCCGGGCUCACGCUCAUCUCACUGCUUCUGACCAGACUCUGACUGUUAAGGACAUCUCUAAGUACGGCACCUUUGUGAACAGCCAGCGCCUGGCAGAGAACACACCAGUGAACCUGAAGUCAGGGGACAGUAUCACAUUUGGGGUUUUUCACAGCAAAUUCAGUGUGGAUCAUCUGAAGCUAGUGGUGUGUUCUUCAUGUUUGGACAAUGAAGGCAAGGUGUCACUCUCUCAGGCCCUGCUGUCUUUGGGUGGAAAGCUGGUCAACUCGUGGUCUCCUGACUGCACCCACCUGGCCAUGCAUUCUGUUAAAGUCACCAUUAAGACUAUUGCUGCUCUGCUGUGCUGUCGUCCCAUUGUAAAGCCGGAGUUCUUCUCAGAGCUCAGCAGAGCCGUUCAGCAAAAGUUACCUGCUCCUAAAGCUCAGAGUUUCACCCCUGAGAUCGAUGAGCCCAGCUUGACUAAAGAGGAUGUUAACCUCAGAGCUCUUCCGGAGCGCAAACAGCUGUUCAAGGGAAUGAUCUUCAUUUUUCUCAAUGCUAAACAGCUUAAGCGUCUGAGUGCUGCAGUGAGUUUUGGUGGUGGCAGGAGCCAACUGCUGGAGGAGGGUUUCCUGCCCCGCGACCUGCUGGAGUCUCCACAGAGCUGCGUGGUCGAUGUUACAUCUGGCAGCUCCCAAAUUCUGCUUCCUCCCUCGACCACAGAGUGGGCAAACUCUGUGAAGAAUAUUGUUCAAAGGAAAGGCCUUCGGGUCAUCACAGAAUCUGAAAUUGGGUUGGCUGCCAUUUACGCUUCCUGUGACAAGUACUGCAAUCCAUCCAGUGUAAUACCAGACUCAGAGUUAGCGCCAAAGGUGACACCUAGAAUACCAAGUGCUUCUCUAUCACAACACGUAGCGGUGGAUGAGACGGUGUUACCUGCAGCGUCUCAGAACAUUACAGCGUAUGCAGCUAACACAGAGACAUCACAAAGGACGGAGCUUUGUGAGGUGUCCAGGGUGACAACGGUAGGAGAGACUCCCGAGAAGAGGCCAAACCAGAACACCAGUCACCUUGGUCGAUCUACACCCACAGCUCAGAAAACAGCCAAUCAGUUCGUCGUGGCUGACACAAUGAGCUCAUCAUUUAACACUGUGGAGAACACAGACUCCCAGAGGAAGAAGCCUGAGUCCAAACUGACAGGUGGUGGCAGUAAUGCCAAGGGGUUCCAGACAUCUCUUCCAAAGACCAAUGGUGGUAUGAAGACGUUCCUACAGAAGCAGUCGCCCCAGAAAAACUCACAAACUUCCCCACAGAAACAGUCAUCUCUCACUAGCUUCUUUCAGCCAGUCAACAAGAAAAGGCCUCUGGAGGAUGAGCUCUCUGCUGUGAUGUCGGAGCCAAAGCGGCCUGUCCUUGAAUCAUCCUUCAGCAUACAGGCUUCAGACACAUCAGUCACAUCUAAAGAAAUGCCUGCAUGUUCAGACAGAGUCCCUGCAACCACGUCCCAGACUCCGCUGGGGUCAGCAGCUGAUCUGUUCACUGGACGGUCAGAGGCUCCCUCAGACAGAGUGUCCCAUGCUGCCAAGAAGGAAUCAGUGAGCAAAAAGAGGAAGGGGAUGGAAGAGGAGAUACAGAUAGAUGAACUGGAGUCUAUAAUGUCUGAGGAUAUGGACUGGUUUGAUGACAAACCGUCAGGUAACCAAAGCCCACAAGCAAGAAUGCACAGUUCAACUGAAAAGAAACAGGCUUUAACUACUGUGGAGGCCUUACCUUCAAGCAAGAGGCAACGAGUCCAACAAGAAGAAAGUGGAGUAACCAACCAAAGGCUCCAGGUGGGCCUGAAAAAAGAAUCCGGUACAAAUAAGGGCCAGAGCCAACAAACUGAACAGCAUAUUGUGUCCAUCAAGACCGAGCCGCUUUAUCCAUCAGAAAACAGGACAACAAAUCAUGAGUCCAGCAAAUCUCCGGAGGUGUCAUCUGCCAGUAAAAAUCAGAACUUAAAACCUUUUGAAGAGGACGAGUCUUUCAUUGAGGAUUUAGAUCUACUGAAAGCAGAUAUUUGUCAACCUGAAGAGAAGACUGAGGCGCCUAUGAAACCUGUUACGAUCAAACAGGAGGCCCAAGAAUCAAAGAUUGAAGAAGACCUUCCUAAAAAGCUGCUUUUGGUGGAGUUUAGAUCUCUCACUAUGAAAGCACCUCCCAAAACCAAACCACAACAGACGCAGGGCAACGGCUAUGGAAAGAACUUCAAGAGCUUCCGUAAGAUGCAAGUUCCAGGUACAUAUAGCUCACCACGCAUCAUUGGAGGGUCUGAUCUGCUGGUCCACAACAAGGGCAAGAACUCUGAUCUGGAUGAUUUCCUGAAAGAUGCAGCUGAGGAGGAGCGUCAGAGCAGACGGGAGGAGUCAGUAGGCGAUGACCUCUUCAGGUACAACCCCACCAAACUAACCAAGAGAAGAUGAAGUGACUUCAUGACUUCAUCUUUAAGUCAUCCAGAGGGGAAAUCAUUUCAAAGGCACAGGAAGUAUGUGACAGACUCAAGAAAUCAUUUGACCGAUAAUUUGUGUUGUCUGUAUAUCAACCAUAAUGUUGACAGUUACAUUGUAGUUAACUCUUGAUAACUGCUCAAAUGAUAAGAAAUGUUUAAAAAUGUUAUAUUUUGGUGUUCCUCCUGUUCUGUCUUAACCAGUCACCUGUCCUCUAAUUAAGCCAUUGACAGCAAGUAAUGUAACAAAAUGUCUCAUGUUCAGAGCUUUUUCUCAAAGUCUUUAUUUGUCAAUAAUAAAAAAUACGG